GCGGUCUUAUAUUUCCACUAAUAAUUGCCCUAGUCAACCCUGACCAUCCCUCCUCGAAAUCGUCGCCUGAGUAUCAUCCCACAGACUCGAGUCGCAUGUUGUCAUAAUUAGACACCUUCGCACUCUUUGCCUAUUCGUUUCUCGGAACUCGCUCUUUCUGCCUAUGAGUAUACCCAGUACAUUGGACUUCCUUACACUUCAACCUCAAGACCAGACACCAUCAUCCUCCUUCGACGAACGAUCCAUCUUAGUCGUUGACCUUCUAUGUGUCUGAUAUUGAAGAACUCUUGGCCAUAAAACAGAUCCUGUCACCGCCGGCAUCAUGCCUGGUAUAUUACCUAUGAAGAUGAUCAGAGUGGGGAGUAGCGCGCAGAGUCGGAUUGCGCAAGCAUGCGAUAGAUGCCGUUCCAAGAAGAUUCGAUGUGAUGGUGUACGACCAUGUUGUGGCCAAUGUGGCAAUGUCGGUUUCGAAUGCAAAACCAGUGACAAACUCAGUCGACGAGCCUUUCCUCGAGGAUAUACGGAGUCGCUCGAAGACCGUGUUCGAGGUCUAGAAGCGGAAGUGAAAGAAUUGAAAGACCUUCUGGAUGAGAAAGAUGAGAAAAUCGACAUGCUGUCUCGCAUACACAGCUUUUCUCCUGCCUCGCGAAAAUGCUCGGCCUCAUUGUCACCCGCACACGCCGCGGAAGUCAAGGCUGAAGUCGAGUCGGCCAGGGAAGAAAUUUUACAUGUCGAGAUCCCUGCACCAGUAAACUCAACAGCAACUUCUACGGGCUCCUCGACAACUGCUUCUUUCCUUGAAGCUUUCGACCAGAAAGUUCAAGCAGCUGGCGGACAGGCUACUGCACUUUCCUCAUCGGGUCUUCAAAAGGCCCUUCAGCCGUCGAGGCAAACCACCAGCGCAGGACCUAAGGUGCCUCCAAGGAUCCAGUCGGAUCAAUAUAUCAAUCUCUUCUUCCAAGAGUGGCAACCUUUGUUGCCUGUACUGCAUCGACCUACAUUCCUUCGAGUGUAUGAGCAGUACAUCUCCAACCCUGACUCGGGCAAUUGGCAAAGCAACAAACAAGCGCUGGCUCAGUUAUACCUGAUCUUUGAGAUUUCCGCCUUGUCCGAGAUCACGACAUCAAAGAGGAAUGCGCCCACCUAUGAGAGUCAAUGGCGUAAAGCGUUGUAUUCGACUUCGUCCAAUGCGACGCUUUGUACCCUGCAAUGCCACGUUUUGGCGGAGAUCUGCUAUAUGCUGCGAGCCGACUAUACCCAUCUGCUUCGUCAUAGGGGUAUUGCGGUGACCAUGUGCCACGAACUUGGACUUCAUCAGAGUCAUAGAUACCACAGCUUGUCACCGCUGGAAGCCGAAGCCAGAAAGAGAGUUUUCUGGUGCCAAUACGUGCUGGACAAGUUCACCUCCGCUACCACGGGUACUCCUAUGCUCCUCCGGGACAGCGACAUUACGACUGAACUCCCGGCUGAUGUCGACGACGAGAACAUCACCAACGAAGGCUUUUCUCCCACUCUCCCAGGUGAACGUACCAAGGUUUCCAGCGCGCUUGCCCUUAUGCGUGUCAGUCAGAUCCUGUCAAAAACGCUGGACAACCUCUACCCAGCCAAGGCGACCUACCAGCUUUCACUGAACAAAUUACAUGGACUUUCCGAUGAACUUGAUCAGUGGUCUGAAGAGCUUCCAGAGCACCUUAGACUACGCUUCUGCAACGACAAGCCAGCCACGCACAUGAUUAGUGACCGGUCACCAUUGCUGUCAAUGGCCUACUUUUAUAUACGGAGCUUGAUUCAUCGACCGUUGCUCUGCCAUGGGUCUGGCAGCGUGUCGUCUGCAGCCAACAUCGUCCUAGCAACGUCUGGCAAGCAUGUUUUGCAAAUCCAUGAAUUGCUGCUUGAGCGCCGCAUGAACUACACUUUCCCAAUGGACAAAACCGAACUUCUCAUGAAUUCUGGGUUACCAAUUCUUUGGCAGUCUGUUGAUCUGGAAAAAGACAGUAAACUCGUCAAGGACAACCAAAAGUCUCUGAACAAUCUUCUCGGCAUGAUGCAGAACGAGAAUGCCGCCGCCGCAAUGGAGUUCCACAAGAUGACGGCCUGCUUUGUCACACUUGAGCCGCGUCCGGCGUUGUCAGUGGGCAAGUUGUCCUUAGACAGCACAAGCCAACGACCAUCCGUAGCACCUGUCAUGGAUUCCAAGUCGAAGUCGACGAGAAAGCAACUGCAAGCAAUCGCAUCCAAGUGGUCGACGUUCAGCAAUAAGGCGAAGGCCGAGGAUGUUGCGCGACGAGCAACUGUCCCUGAGACUCGACCUGUUACCGUUGCCCGUGGCCAAGUCAACCGGGCUGCUAGCACAACUAGCCUGUCAUCAACACGCUCAGCACCAAUUAUGCCAAUAAACAGCGCGUCUCCAGCUCAAUUGACGACAUCGAGGACCAUUGACACUUCAGCCAUCAAUCUUGACUAUCUUCCUUUUGGAGAUGAAAACGUUUCCCAGUCGAGAGGGUCGUCAAGCACGAUGCUGCCACCAAAGAUACAGCAGACACCUACACUGGCUGACAGCAACUGGGAUCAACUUCUGAACAACCUUGAUAACAACACGGCGUUCUAUCCGGACGUGACAUCAGACGGGCUCUAUCAAGUCCCGAGCAAUGAGUGGGCUCCGAAUGUAUGGAACAUCUCAGGCAUGGAAUUUCCGGCCAAAGCGCCCGUGCCUCAAAGUCUGCUGAGCUUCUCGGACGAAUCUCUCACCAGCGGCGACGACUUUUUCUUCAGUGCUCCGCCCAGCAAUAACGGGUCAGGCCCUAUGGGCGACAGCGUUGACCUGACUGAGGCUUACCGUGGGAUUACGAUCCCUGUUGACGACGAAUUUGACAUUCAUGACACUUUAGCUUGAAGGAUUUCUUCUGGGCGCUGUACCUAGGGUUUGGUGUUUGCGGUGAUCAGUGAUUGUACAAGAACCUGGUGAGGAGGUGAAUUGUAGGGAUACAAGGGUCUUGGACGAAUUUGGUGGCCGACAUGUUUUGAAUGAUAUUCUACGACAAUGAUACCAGGCUCGAAAUGGCCACGUUGGGGUGGGUGGGUGUACUGGAGAGAUGUGAUGGUUAGUCAAAACUGGGUAUAUUGGUUUGAUGGUGUGGCAGAUGGUGUGUUGUGUUGCAAUGUGCAUGUAUCAUGUAUCUGUUUGCACCUAUGUUAAGCACCUCAGAUUUCAUGGCUUGUAGCACUUUGUGGGUGGUUUUGUGAUCUGGAGUAAAUGCAUCAAUCCGUACAAGGUACGGAGCACUUUGUGAGUGUUAUGUAAUGCCGAGGUUGAGCCAGACGAUCAAUGUCGUCACAAUUUCGACAUAUUGUUUCCGAGACC